AUGUCUGGUCGCGGUCAAGGAGGCAAAGUCAAGGCAAAAGCAAAGUCGCGCUCAAAUCGUGCUGGUCUUCAGUUCCCCGUGGGUCGAAUCUACCGUCUGCUGCGAAAGGGAAACUACGCUGAACGGCUUGGAGCAGGAGCACCCGUUUAUUUGGCUGCUGUGAUGGAAUACCUCGCCGCCGAAGUACUGGAAUUGGCGGGAAACGCCGCCCGGGAUAACAAGAAAACCAGAAUCGCUCCGCGUCACGUGCAGUUAGCUAUCCGUAACGACGAGGAACUGAACAAGCUACUCUCGGGAGUGUCCAUCGCCCAGGGCGGUGUGCUGCCAAAUAUUCAGGCCGUGCUGCUGCCGAAGAAAACCGAAAACAAGGAAUGA